AUGGACAAAAAGGGCGAGAAGGAAACUAAUAUUCAAGUGGUAGUUCGUUGCCGGGAACGCAACGAACGGGAAGAAAAAGAAAAUUCACCAAUAGUCGUAUUCACUGGCCUAGAUGCGAGAGGCCGUGAAGUCCAAUUACGGACAAGUCCGCUCGAUAAAAUACCCAACAAGAGUUUCUUCUUCGACAGGGUAUUCGGUCCUGACGCCAACCAACAAAUAAUAUAUCAAGAAACCGUGGUUCCUAUACUAGAAGAGGCAAGCAUCG